GCAAGUCGCUCGCUGUGUUUCUUUUUCUACUUUCCUUUCUCCCGCCUGGAACCUAUAAUCUAGAUUUACUCCUCCAUCAAUGCCCUAGCUAGAUUCUUUCUCCUUCUCUCAUCAUUACGCUUCCUAAGCUUUACUAGAUUCGAUCCGGGUUACCAUUUCUGAUGCCCUGUUUCAGAUACUGAAACAAAAUAGGAAACCACAAAGCCCACGACAAAUUGGGAUUUUUUUUAUCGAAAGAUGAAGAUAAUAUAUCUUCAUACAUUGCUGUUGUUUGGGUUCCUAGUUCUCCUCGUUUUCUGCUCCGUGGAUGCUGAUUCACAGGUUAAUACAACUUCCAAUAAUGUUCUAGAUACGACUAGUGCGGAAUCGUUGAAAAGUAAUGAUACCGUGACUGAGGAAUUAGGCCGGAUAAACAGUGGUAAUGAAAAGAUUGUUGAUUUGGGAAAGGAUAAUUCGAGUAAACAAGUAGAUUCUAAGGGAGCUGAGAAAGAUGUGGGAGCUAAUGUUAGAAGUUCUGGGAGUAAGGAUGACAAGAAAGUUGACAUAAAAGAUUCUGGAUAUCAUGCUUCUGAGAAGAAGGGUGAGCAGAAAGUGAAGGCCAUAGGUGGGUCGGGUUCAGAGUCGGGAAAUGAGGUGACAUUGUCUUCUGGGAGGAAGGAUGGCAUUCGAGGUGAAGAAUGCGAUUCAUCUUUCAGUUGCAAUAUUGAGGAGGAAUCACUGGUUGCUUGUUUAAGGGUUCCAGGAAAUGAAUCCCCAGACCUUUCACUAUUGAUUCAGAACAAGGGAAAGGGCCCUGUCAGUGUUAGUAUAUCUGCUCCCAAGUAUGUUCAACUGGAGAUGAGGCAGAUUGAGCUCAAAGAGAAGGAAAACCAGAAGAUAAAGGUUUCUUUUAGGGAUAGUGGGAGUGAAAACUUCAUUACUCUAAAGGCAGGGAAUGGUAAAUGCAAUCUUCAUUUCAGGGAUCUAAUUGAGCACAGCACUGACAAGGAAGCUGACUAUGUAUCCCAAUUCAAUUACUUUACCCUCUCUUCCUUUGGAAUGAUCUUCUUGGUCGCGUUGCUGCUAUGCGCCUCAGUUUGGACGUUCAUCACCUACCGCAAGAAACACCUUGCAAAGACUGGCGGUAAGUAUCAAAGGCUAGAUAUGGAGCUUCCGGUUUCAAAUGGUGCGAAAAUUGAAGCAGAUGCAAAUGACGGAUGGGACAACAGCUGGGACGACAACUGGGAUGAUGACGAAGAAGCACCAAAAACGCCCGCCAUGCCCAUCACUCCAAGCCGCUCGUCCAAAGGCAUAGCGCCUCGACGGUCUAACAAGGAAGGUUGGAAAGAUUAGGUCUUGGCAGUAAAUGGACAUUCAUGGUUGUUUGUUUCUCUUUACACUUGUGUUGCCAUCUUCUUCUUCUUGUUGCCUCAGAAUUUGCAGCAGUGUUGUUAAAUGUGGGUCAAUUUUAUUGCAGGCCAUUACACUAGUGUAUUAGAAUCAUAGCUGUUGCCUCCAUGUGAACAUAUAGCAUUUUUGAGUUAUGAUGGGCUAUAAUAUUUUGCCUUUAUUAUUCUUUUUUUUUAAAAAAAAA